AUGUCAUUCAAGCAACCUAGUAACUUGAAUUUCUCCUUAUGUAUUUCAGGGUUUCGAAAAAAUGAUGAAAUGAAAGCUAUGGAUGUUUUGCCAAUUUUAAAGGAAAAAGUUGCGUACCUUUCAGGUGGCAGAGACAAGCGGGGAGGCCCCAUCCUGACGUUCCCGGCGCGCAGCAAUCACGACAGAAUACGACAGGAGGACCUCCGCAGGCUCAUCUCCUACCUUGCCUGUAUCCCGAGUGAAGAGGUGUGCAAGCGAGGAUUCACAGUGAUCGUGGACAUGCGCGGGUCCAAGUGGGACUCCAUUAAGCCUCUCCUGAAGAUACUGCAAGAGUCCUUUCCCUGCUGCAUUCAUGUUGCACUGAUAAUCAAGCCAGACAACUUUUGGCAGAAACAGAGGACUAAUUUUGGCAGCUCUAAAUUUGAAUUUGAGACAAACAUGGUCUCUUUAGAAGGCCUUACCAAAGUAGUUGAUCCUUCUCAGCUGACUCCCGAGUUCGAUGGCUGCUUGGAAUACAACCAUGAAGAAUGGAUUGAAAUCAGAGUUGCUUUUGAAGACUACAUCAGCAAUGCAACCCACAUGCUCUCUCGGCUAGAGGAACUUCAGGACAUCCUGGCCAAGAAAGAACUGCCUCAGGAUUUAGAGGGGGCUCGGAAUAUGAUCGAGGAGCAUUCCCAGCUGAAGAAGAAGGUGAUUAAGGCCCCCAUAGAAGACUUGGAUUUAGAGGGACAGAAGCUGCUCCAGAGGAUUCAGAGCAGUGACAGCUUUCCCAAAAAGAACUCGGGGUCAGGCAAUGCGGACCUGCAGAGCCUCCUGCCCAAGGUGUCCGCCAUGCUGGACAGGCUGCACUCCACGCGGCAGCAUCUGCACCAGAUGUGGCACGUACGAAAACUGAAGCUGGACCAGUGCUUUCAGCUGAGGCUGUUUGAGCAGGACGCUGAAAAGAUGUUCGACUGGAUCACACACAACAAGGGCCUGUUUCUGAACAGCUACACUGAGAUCGGGACCAGCCACCCCCACGCGAUGGAGCUGCAGACGCAGCACAACCACUUCGCCAUGAACUGCAUGAACGUGUAUGUAAAUAUAAACCGCAUAAUGUCGGUGGCAAAUCGCUUGGUCGAGUCUGGCCACUACGCCUCUCAGCAGAUUAAGCAGAUUGCGAACCAGCUGGAGCAGGAGUGGAAGGCGUUUGCGGCAGCCUUGGAUGAGCGGAGUACCUUGCUGGACAUGUCCUCCAUUUUCCACCAGAAGGCUGAAAAGUACAUGAGCAACGUGGAUUCGUGGUGUAAAGCCUGUGGUGAGGUAGACCUUCCCUCCGAGCUGCAGGAUCUGGAGGACGCCAUUCAUCACCAUCAGGGAAUAUAUGAGCACAUCACUCUUGCUUAUUCCGAGGUGAGCCAGGACGGGAAGUCGCUCCUCGAUAAGCUCCAGCGGCCUCUGACCCCCGGCAGCUCCGAUUCCCUGACGGCCUCUGCCAACUACUCCAAGGCCGUGCACCACGUCCUUGACGUCAUCCACGAGGUGCUGCACCACCAGCGGCAGCUGGAGAACAUCUGGCAGCACCGCAAGGUCCGACUGCACCAGCGGCUGCAGCUCUGUGUAUUCCAGCAAGACGUGCAGCAGGUACUCGACUGGAUUGAGAACCACGGAGAAGCAUUUCUGAGCAAACAUACGGGUGUGGGGAAAUCUCUUCAUCGGGCCAGAGCUCUACAGAAACGUCAUGAAGAUUUUGAAGAAGUAGCACAGAACACAUACACCAACGCGGAUAAAUUACUAGAAGCAGCAGAACAGCUGGCUCAGACGGGGGAAUGUGACCCAGAAGAGAUUUAUCAGGCUGCCCAUCAGCUUGAAGACCGGAUACAGGAUUUUGUUCGGCGCGUGGAGCAGCGCAAGAUCCUGCUGGACAUGUCCGUGUCCUUUCAUAGCCAUGUCAAGGAGCUGUGGACGUGGCUGGAGGAGCUGCAGAAGGAGCUGCUGGAUGACGUGUACGCCGAGUCGGUGGAGGCCGUGCAGGACCUCAUCAAGCGCUUCGGCCAGCAGCAGCAGACGACCCUGCAAGUGACCGUCAACGUGAUCAAGGAAGGGGAGGACCUCAUCCAGCAGCUGAGGGACUCGGCCAUCUCCAGCAACAAGACCCCCCACAACAGCUCCAUCAGCCACAUCGAGACGGUGCUGCAGCAGCUGGACGAGGCCCAGGCGCAGAUGGAGGAGCUCUUCCAGGAGCGCAAGAUCAAGCUGGAGCUCUUCCUGCAGCUGCGCAUAUUCGAGAGGGACGCCAUCGACAUCAUCUCAGACCUUGAGUCUUGGAAUGAUGAGCUUUCUCAGCAAAUGAACGACUUUGACACGGAAGAUCUCACAAUAGCAGAACAGCGCCUCCAGCACCAUGCAGACAAAGCUCUGACCAUGAACAAUCUGACCUUCGAUGUCAUCCACCAAGGGCAGGACCUUCUGCAGUACGUCAAUGAAGUUCAGGCCUCCGGCGUGGAGCUGCUUUGCGAUAGAGACGUAGACAUGGCAACUCGGGUCCAGGACCUGCUGGAGUUCCUCCACGAGAAGCAGCAGGAGCUGGACGUGGCGGCGGAACAGCACCGGAAGCACCUGGAGCAGUGCGUGCAGCUUCGCCACCUGCAGGCCGAAGUGAAGCAGGUGCUGGGCUGGAUCCGCAACGGAGAGUCGAUGCUGAAUGCUGGACUCAUCACAGCCAGCUCGUUGCAAGAGGCAGAGCAGCUGCAGAGGGAGCACGAGCAGUUCCAGCACGCCAUCGAGAAAACACACCAGAGCGCCCUGCAGGUGCAGCAGAAGGCAGAAGCCAUGCUGCAGGCCAAUCACUACGACAUGGACAUGAUCCGGGACUGCGCCGAGAAGGUGGCCUCCCACUGGCAGCAGCUCAUGCUCAAGAUGGAAGACCGCCUCAAGCUCGUGAACGCGUCUGUCGCCUUCUACAAAACCUCAGAGCAGGUUUGCAGUGUCCUCGAGAGCCUGGAGCAGGAGUACAAGAGAGAAGAGGACUGGUGUGGAGGAGCCGACAAGCUGGGCCCCAACUCGGAGACGGACCAUGUCACCCCAAUGAUCAGCAAGCAUCUGGAGCAAAAGGAAGCAUUCCUGAAGGCUUGCACACUCGCUAGAAGGAAUGCAGAUGUCUUCUUGAAAUACCUGCACAGGAACAGUGUCAACAUGCCAGGAAUGGUGACACAUAUCAAAGCCCCUGAACAACAAGUAAAAAAUAUCUUGAAUGAACUCUUCCAACGGGAGAACAGGGUAUUGCAUUAUUGGACCAUGAGAAAGAGACGGCUAGACCAGUGCCAGCAGUAUGUGGUCUUUGAACGAAGUGCCAAACAGGCUUUAGAAUGGAUCCAUGACAACGGGGAGUUCUACCUUUCCACACACACCUCCACGGGCUCAAGCAUACAGCACACCCAAGAGCUACUGAAAGAGCAUGAGGAGUUUCAGAUCACUGCCAAGCAAACCAAAGAGAGAGUGAAGCUAUUGAUACAGCUGGCUGAUGGCUUUUGUGAAAAAGGGCAUGCCCAUGCAGCAGAGAUAAAAAAAUGUGUGACUGCAGUGGAUAAGAGGUACAGAGAUUUCUCUCUGCGGAUGGAGAAGUACAGGACCUCUUUGGAGAAAGCCCUGGGGAUUUCUUCAGAUUCCAACAAAUCGAGCAAAAGUCUGCAGCUAGACAUAAUCCCCGCCAGUGUCCCUGGGUCGGAGGUGAAGCUUCGUGAUGCCGCUCAUGAGCUCAAUGAAGAGAAACGGAAGUCGGCCCGCAGGAAAGAGUUCAUCAUGGCUGAGCUAAUUCAAACUGAAAAGGCUUACGUAAGAGACCUCCGCGAGUGUAUGGAUACGUACCUGUGGGAAAUGACCAGCGGGGUGGAGGAGAUCCCGGCUGGCAUCGUAAACAGAGAGCUUGUUAUCUUCGGGAACAUGCAGGAAAUCUAUGAGUUUCAUAAUAACAUAUUCCUGAAGGAGCUGGAGAAAUAUGAGCAGCUACCGGAGGACGUGGGACACUGCUUUGUCACCUGGGCAGACAAGUUUCAGAUGUAUGUCACAUACUGCAAAAAUAAGCCUGAUUCUACUCAGCUGAUAUUAGAGCAUGCGGGAUCCUACUUCGACGAAAUACAGCAGCGGCACGGAUUAGCCAAUUCCAUCUCUUCGUACCUUAUUAAGCCAGUUCAGCGAAUAACAAAGUAUCAACUUCUUUUAAAAGAGCUACUCACUUGCUGUGAGGAAGGAAAGGGGGAGAUAAAAGAUGGCCUCGAGGUGAUGCUCAGUGUGCCAAAGCGAGCCAACGACGCCAUGCACCUCAGCAUGCUGGAAGGGUUUGAUGAAAAUAUUGAGUCUCAGGGAGAACUCAUCCUGCAGGAAUCCUUCCAAGUGUGGGACCCAAAAACCUUAAUUCGAAAGGGUCGAGAACGGCAUCUCUUCCUUUUUGAAAUGUCCUUAGUAUUUAGUAAAGAAGUGAAAGAUUCCAGUGGCAGAAGCAAGUACCUUUAUAAAAGCAAAUUGUUUACCUCAGAGUUGGGUGUCACGGAACACGUUGAAGGAGAUCCUUGCAAAUUUGCACUGUGGGUGGGAAGGACGCCAACCUCGGAUAAUAAAAUUGUCCUUAAGGCUUCCAGUAUAGAAAACAAGCAGGACUGGAUAAAGCACAUUCGCGAAGUAAUACAGGAAAGGACCAUUCACCUGAAAGGAGCCCUGAAGGAGCCCAUUCACAUCCCCAAGACGGCGCCGGCCGCGAGGCAGAAGGGGAGGAGGGAUGGAGAGGAUCUGGAUAGCCAGGGCGAUGGGAGCAGCCAGCCGGACACAAUUUCCAUCGCCUCACGGACGUCUCAGAACACGCUGGACAGUGAUAAGCUCUCCGGCGGCUGCGAGCUGACAGUGGUGAUCCAUGACUUCACCGCCUGCAACAGCACGGAGCUGACCAUCCGCCGUGGCCAGACCGUGGAGGUUUUGGAGCGGCCCCACGACAAGCCUGACUGGUGUCUGGUGCGGACCACCGACCGGUCCCCUGCUGCAGAGGGCCUGGUUCCUUGCGGCUCUCUGUGCAUCGCCCACUCGAGAAGUAGCAUGGAAAUGGAAGGCAUCUUCAACCACAAAGACUCGUUGUCCGUCUCCAGUAACGAUGCCAGCCCGCCGGCGUCCGUGGCUUCUCUCCAGCCCCACAUGAUGGGGGCCCAGAGCUCCCCGGGCCCCAAACGGCCGGGAAACACGCUGCGCAAGUGGCUGACGAGCCCGGUGCGGCGGCUGAGCAGCGGCAAGGCCGACGGGCACGUGAAGAAGCUGGCGCACAAGCACAAGAAGAGCAGGGAGGUCCGCAAGAGCGCCGACGCCGGCUCGCAGAAGGACUCGGACGACAGCGCGGCCACCCCGCAGGACGAGACCGUGGAAGAGAGAGGCCGGAAUGAGGGCCUGAGCAGUGGCACGCUCUCAAAGUCUUCAUCGUCGGGCAUGCAGAGCUGCGGAGAAGAAGAAGGGGAGGAGGGGGCCGACGCUGUGCCUCUCCCACCGCCCAUGGCCAUCCAGCAGCAUAGCCUACUCCAGCCGGAUUCGCAGGACGACAAGGCCUCUUCUCGGUUAUUAGUCCGCCCCACCAGCUCCGAAACUCCGAGUGCAGCCGAGCUCGUGAGUGCAAUUGAAGAACUCGUGAAAAGCAAGAUGGCACUGGAGGAUCGUCCCAGCUCGCUCCUUGUUGACCAGGGAGACAGUAGCAGCCCCUCCUUCAACCCUUCAGACAACUCCCUCCUGUCCUCCUCCUCACCCAUUGAUGAGAUGGAAGAAAGAAAAUCCAGCUCCCUAAAGAGACGGCACUAUGUUUUGCAAGAACUGGUGGAGACAGAGCGUGACUAUGUGCGGGACCUCGGCUAUGUGGUUGAGGGCUACAUGGCUCUUAUGAAAGAAGAUGGCGUUCCUGAUGACAUGAAAGGAAAGGACAAGAUUGUAUUUGGCAACAUCCAUCAGAUUUAUGACUGGCACAGAGACUUUUUUUUAGGAGAGCUGGAGAAGUGCCUUGAAGAUCCGGAAAAACUAGGAUCCCUUUUUGUUAAACAUGAGAGAAGGUUGCACAUGUACAUAGUUUAUUGUCAAAAUAAACCAAAGUCUGAGCACAUUGUCUCAGAAUACAUUGAUACCUUUUUUGAGGACUUAAAGCAGCGCCUGGGCCACAGGCUGCAGCUCACAGAUCUGUUAAUCAAACCAGUGCAGAGGAUCAUGAAGUACCAGCUGCUCCUGAAGGACUUCCUCAAGUAUUCCAAAAAAGCGAGCCUGGACACGUCAGAAUUAGAGAGAGCCGUGGACGUCAUGUGCAUAGUCCCCAAGCGCUGCAACGACAUGAUGAAUGUGGGGCGUCUGCAAGGGUUUGAUGGUAAAAUUGUUGCCCAGGGCAAGCUGCUCUUACAGGACACAUUCUUGGUCACAGACCAAGACUCGGGACUUCUGCCUCGCUGUAAAGAGAGGCGAGUUUUCCUCUUUGAGCAGAUCGUCAUUUUCAGUGAACCACUUGAUAAAAAAAAGGGCUUCUCGAUGCCAGGAUUCCUGUUUAAGAAUAGCAUCAAGGUGAGUUGCCUUUGCCUGGAGGAAAAUGUGGAAAACGAUCCGUGUAAAUUUGCUCUGACAUCGAGGACGGGUGGUGUGGUGGAGACCUUCAUUUUACAUUCAUCCAGUCCAAGUGUCCGGCAAACUUGGAUCCAUGAAAUCAACCAAAUUUUAGAAAACCAGCGCAAUUUUUUAAAUGCCUUGACAUCACCCAUCGAGUAUCAGAGGAACCACAGCGGGAGCGGGGGUGGCGGUGGUGGGGGCAGCAGCGGGGGCAGCAGCGGCGGCGGGGCCCCAGGCGCCGGAGGCGGCAACCCCAGCACUGGCCCCGGCAGCUGCAGCGGCCUCCCCAGCUCGAGCAGGAGCAGACCCUCCCGGAUCCCCCAGCCUGUCCGACACCACUCCCCCGUGCUGGUCUCCUCUGCAGCCUCGAGCCAGGCAGAGGCAGACAAGAUGUCAGGUAUGUCCACUCCCGGCCCUGCACCGCCCCUUCCCGGCAGCAGCCCUGCCCCGGAGGCCGGCCCUGGCCAGCCCGGCAGGCACGCUCCGGGAGAGCCUGAAGGCCCCCAGCAAGAUUCCGAGCACAUCCCCAAGAUGAAGGUGAUUGAGAGCCCCAGGAAGUCCUCAGGGAGUGCCGCCGGCGCCAGCCGCGAUGCGGACGCCAAGGAGGCACGGGCCAACCAGGAGGACAGCCGCUCGAGGAGCAGCCUGGGCUCACUGCCCCUAGGAAAGCCCAGGCCCGGGGCCGUCUCGCCUCUGAACUCGCCUGUGGCCACCGCGUUCCCUUCUCCGAUUGGCAAGGAGCCCUUUCCCCCCAGCAGCCCCCUGCAGAAGGGGGGCUCCUUCUGGAGUUCCAUCCCUGCAUCCCCCGCCAGCCGGCCGGGCUCCUUCACCUUCCCGGGGGACAGUGACUCCCUCCAGCGGCAGGCACAACGCCACACGGCCCCCGGCAAGGACACGGACCGCAUGAGCACGUGCUCCUCGGCCAGCGAGCAGUCCGUGCAGUCCACCCAGAGCAACGGGAGUGAAAGUAGCAGCAGUAGCAACAUCUCCACCAUGUUGGUGACACACGAUUACACGGCAGUGAAGGAGGAUGAGAUAAACGUCUAUCAAGGAGAGGUCGUUCAAAUUCUGGCCAGCAAUCAACAGAACAUGUUUCUGGUGUUCCGAGCCGCCACUGACCAGUGCCCCGCAGCCGAGGGCUGGAUUCCAGGCUUCGUCCUGGGGCAUACCAGUGCAGUCAUCAUGGAGAACCCCGAUGGGACUCUCAAGAAGUCAACAUCUUGGCACACAGCACUCCGUUUAAGGAAAAAAUCUGAGAAAAAAGAUAAAGACGGCAAGCGGGAAGGCAAGUUGGAGAACGGUUAUCGGAAGUCGCGGGAGGGGCUCAGCAACAAGGUAUCUGUGAAGCUUCUCAACCCCAAUUACAUAUAUGACGUUCCCCCAGAAUUCGUCAUUCCCUUGAGUGAGGUCACGUGUGAGACAGGAGAGACCGUUGUUCUUAGAUGUCGAGUUUGUGGCCGCCCCAAGGCCUCGAUCACCUGGAAGGGCCCUGAACACAACACCUUGAACAACGAUGGUCACUACAGCAUCUCCUACAGUGACUUGGGAGAGGCCACUCUGAAGAUCAUUGGCGUGACCACAGAAGAUGAUGGCAUCUAUACAUGCAUCGCUGUGAACGACAUGGGUUCAGCCUCAUCCUCAGCCAGUCUGAGGGUGCUGGGUCCAGGGAGUGAUGGGAUCAUGGUGACCUGGAAAGACAACUUUGACUCCUUCUACAGUGAAGUGGCUGAGCUUGGCAGGGGCAGAUUCUCUGUCGUUAAAAAAUGUGAUCAGAAAGGAACCAAACGAGCAGUGGCCACUAAGUUUGUGAACAAGAAGUUGAUGAAGCGUGACCAGGUCACCCAUGAGCUUGGAAUCCUGCAGAACCUCCAGCACCCACUGCUUGUUGGCCUCCUUGAUACCUUCGAGACCCCCACCAGUUACGUCCUGGUGUUGGAAAUGGCUGACCAGGGGCGUCUCCUGGACUGUGUGGUGCGAUGGGGAAACCUCACCGAAGGGAAGAUCAGGGCGUAUCUGGGGGAGGUUCUGGAAGCCGUCCGAUACCUUCACAACUGCAGGAUAGCACACCUGGACCUGAAGCCUGAAAACAUUCUGGUGGAUCAGAGUUUGGCCAAGCCAACGAUUAAACUGGCUGAUUUUGGAGAUGCUGUCCAACUCAACACGACCUACUACAUCCACCAGUUACUGGGGAACCCCGAGUUUGCAGCCCCUGAAAUCAUCCUUGGGAACCCCAUCUCCCUGACCUCGGAUACAUGGAGUGUCGGAGUGCUCACAUAUGUGCUUCUCAGCGGCGUGUCCCCCUUCCUCGACGACAGCGUGGAGGAGACCUGCCUGAACAUUUGCCGACUAGACUUUAGUUUCCCAGAGGACUGCUUUAAAGGAGUGAGCCAGAAGGCCAAGGAGUUCGUGUGUUUCCUCCUGCAAGAGGACCCUGCCAAGCGUCCCUCGGCUGCGCUGGCCCUCCAGGAGCAGUGGCUGCAGGCAGGCCAUGGCGGUGGCAAAGGGGCGGGCGUCCUCGACACGUCCAGACUGACUUCCUUCAUUGAGCGGCGCAAACACCAGAACGAUGUUCGACCUAUCCGUAGUGUUAAAAACUUCUUACAGAGCAGGCUUUUGCCUCGAGUUUGACCUAUCUUGAAGUUCUUUCUCAUUCUCUUUCACCUGCCAGUCAGCUGUUAAUUUGAAUUUCGAAGAAAACAGACCAACAGGACUGAUCAGCUGCCGUAUGUUCAUCGUGUGACACUGGGCUCCGAGCGAGCUGUGCUCGGGAGCGCCUGGGCCUCGGGAGCACGCAGUGCUGGGGUGGAGGACCUUCUCGCACGCUCUCGUGAGCGGAGACAGCAUUGCUGUAUCACAGUCUUUUAUUCAGGUUUCUGCAAAAAAUAAAAAGAAACUUUUUUAAACGAACAUGAAUAGAAUUUUGCAAAUUUAACAUUUUCCAAGAUUUAUUCAAGGAAACGAAAUGCCUGUGUUCAACCACUGGUGUUCACGAACAAAACAGAUGGCGGACCCCUCCGGGGAGGACUCACCCUCGUGGUGGCCGUCCCUGCGGCAUCGUCCAGAGCUCGGGGUCCACCUGGCUCUGAGCUUUCCCAGCUGCCGGGUCUGUGUGCGUCUCGCUGGGACGCCAGACUGGGCUCCUGAAAUGUGCAUUCAACCUCAGACUUUUGCAUAAAAAUAGAAUGAAUCGUUCUGCUCUGAUGAAAUGUAGGCCUUACUUGUAUAUAAGACUGGUCCUGCCUUCAGUCUGUCCUUUCCCCUCCUGCCUUCCCUCCUGCUCCCUACCCGCUGCCCAGGGCUUCCUCUGGGGGAGGUCAGGGGGCUCUGCCCCUCCACCCAGGACAUCAGGUUGGGUCCUGCCCUGAGCCGCAGUAGUCACCUCCCCGUGUUCCCCACCCCUCCAAGCCGUCAGUCAGAUUGUUGAGCAGUAUACAGUCAGAUGAAAAUACUGUAAAUGCACUCACUGGGGUUUUGGUUUUUUUUUUGUUGUUGUUUUAUUUCAUAUCAUGUGCAAUGUUGUGGCUUUAACAUUUUAUGCAACUAUUUAUGAAGACCUCUGUUGUACCUGUAAUAAAUAUAUAGAAAAAGCACAUGCUUCGUACAGUGAGCUUUAUGGUUUUGUGCGUGUGUCGGGGGUGGGUGGGGGGAGGGGUUGUAGCCCUGUGCCAUCAGUUCAAGGAGAUUUAACUCUUCGUGAAAUUUGUCAGUUUUGAGGACUGUAAAAAGUGAUUUCAUACUCUGAAUAUAAAACUGGAUAAUAGGGUAAUGUUUUAAAAUUUAUUAUGCUAUUAUUCAGAAUGCCAAAGUAUUAUUUUUUUUCCCCAAAAUCAGUCUGGACAUUUACUACUUUUUAGACUUUUUGACGUUCAACUUUCUGUACAGAAAUUGGCUGGAUUUUGUGCUUUUGGUAAGAAAUAAAAGCCAAUUAAGCCCUAGCCACCCUGAGGCCGGCAUCUGACGUCGGUGUCAUUGGCAGAAUUCACGCCACGGUGGGGAGGCCUUGGGACAUGCCGUGGGGCUUCUGGGCACACUUGCAUUUUUCGGGAUGUCCUUUUUCCUUCGUUGUGUGAAAUGCACAAAAGAGAGCAGCCGCGUCCCCAGCCGGCCAGACACCAGAGUCUUGAGCCGUAAACUGGCCUAGUUCAGCUCUGCCGCUUCCAGUGUAUUUUAUUUAUUCCUUUGUUGGGUUUUUGUUUGUUUCUUGUAAAAUUGUACAGAAACUUUUUAAAAGAAAUUGGAUUCAAAACUGGAUGUGUAUUCGUAACCUCACAACGUUUAUUUGUGUAUUGUUUCUUUUAUUCAGUUAAGUUUUUACAUUAUUUUGCAUGUAUAUUUCUUUGUACAGAGACCUUACAUGUUUACACAGUAUGAUGUGAUGUAAAUAUUUUAUUUUGCCAUCAGUUAUUUUAAAAAAUUAAACAUAUUUGCCUGAU